CACCAUGUACCGAGCCUGAGAAUCUCUUCAAUCUAAUCUUUGAAUUUCUGGGAAAGUGAAAUGCUGACCUUACAAGUACAAAACAAUAGCUUUACCUCUCCUAACGGCAUACUCCGAAGUUUUGGUAAUGUCUUCAGGAAAAGUGGCGCCGGAUUAGUCACUGUAGUCUCCAAAAAGAGAGACUUUCCGGAGAAAUCAAACGGAAAACGACCGGUCCUGCAGAUCAAAGUCCCGAACACAAUCCUUGCUCGAUCAGCGAUCGCUGUUCUGGGUUUGGGAUUCAUCGAUGCUGGGUAUAGUGGUGAUUGGUCAAGAAUAGGUUCGAUCUCCAAAGAAACAGAGGAACUGUUGAAGAUUGCUGCAUUUCUUGUUGUUCCUCUCAGUAUCUUUCUUGCCCUUUCAUUUUCCGAUAAUUCAACUGAUUAGAGAAGUUCCUUGACUCCUUCAAGAUAUACAGAGCAAGUAUAAUAAUAAGGCUCUGUUUAAUACUUCAGAGUCAACUAGAUUAGAUCUUCAUAUCAUGAAUUUGAUUAUGGAAUCUAGAAGCUUGAACAAGUCCCAAAGCUCAAUACUUGUAAGAGAAAGUUACUUGUUCUUUUGAA